CCCCAGCGGGGCCGGGAAGGUCUCGCGCCCAUUGGUCAAAUGCAAAGCAGUGGGCGGGGCCGAGGGCCCGGGUAGGGGGCUCCAGGCGAUUUCAGAGUCGAGUGCCGGGCCGGGGCUGGGAUUUCGCAGGGAAAGCCCAGCGGUUGCAGCUGCGGCGGAUCCCUCGGCACUGCCUGCCGUGCGCCGGGGCAGCCCAAGGCCGGUGGCAGCUCCGCCAAGUCGCAGAACGAGAGGAGGAGGAGCGCCGGCCAAGUGGUGGGGGCUCAGCGCUGGGGCUGGGCUGGGCUGGGAGAGGUGUGCCUAGGGUGCCUGGAUCCCGGUGCCCUUCUGUUUCGCGUGGAGCGGCCGGAGGCGAGCUGACGCCUGGAAAGAGAAAUCAAAUUGCAGCCUCCCCAAAUACGCUGAGUUACGCGGGCGAGCCGGUUCCCGGGGAUCGUUCGCUAGCGCACACAGAGCCUCGCCGCGCCGCAGAGCCCUCCUGGGCCCGCCGGCCAGGAGUGGGGCGCCGUCUGAGAGGCAGCGGCCCCUGGGCUUGGGGUUCGACCGUGAGUGCGCCCCGGUGCAGAGAGGGGGCGUGCAAGGCUCCGCCGGCCCGCCCGCAGCCCGCGCCCGACUUGGGCGCCCCCUCCGUCCCAUUCUGGGAGCGAUGCCCCCCGCCCCUCGCGCCCCCCGGGAACGCCGCGAGCAUGGAGAAGUCGAGUAGCGAGGAUUCUUCGAUUCACCGGAGUCCAUCUUUGGACAGCAAGGACUCGGACUUUGCCAAGCCGUCCACCUCCGGCCGCCCGUUCGGCCGCGGCUUCACGGCCGGCGCCUUCUACGGCACCGCGGGCUCCCGGGGCCAGAGCCGCGCCGAGGCCGGCGUUAAGACCGACAAGUACAAUGCACCCAAAGGCAGCAAGUAUGUGGUGUUUUACCUGGACCUGUCCUUUGUGUUCCUCCUAGAAUUUAAGAAGUGCAACAUGGCCAGGGGCUGCCUCUGCUGCUUGAAGUACAUGAUGUUCCUCUUCAAUUUGAUAUUCUGGCUCUGUGGCUGUGGGCUGCUUGGAGUAGGCAUCUGGCUCUCCGUGUCCCAAGGCAACUUUGCCACCUUCUCCCCCAGCUUCCCCUCGCUGUCUGCAGCCAACCUGGUCAUCGCCAUAGGCACCAUUGUCAUGGUAACAGGCUUCCUUGGCUGCCUGGGGGCCAUCAAGGAAAACAAGUGCCUCCUCCUCAGCUUUUUCAUCGUCCUGUUGGUCAUCCUCCUAGCAGAGCUGAUCUUACUCAUCCUCUUCUUUGUCUACAUGGACAAGGUGAACGAGAAUGCCAAGAAGGACCUGAAGGAAGGCCUGCUGCUGUACCACAGUGAGAACAACGUGGGGCUGAAGAACGCCUGGAACAUCAUCCAGGCCGAGAUGCGAUGCUGCGGUGUCACCGACUACACUGACUGGUACCCAGUGCUGGGGGAGAAUACGGUCCCUGACCGCUGCUGCAUGGAGAACUCCCAGGGCUGUGGGCGCAACGCCACCACUCCUGUGUGGAGAACGGGCUGCUACGAGAAGGUGAAGAUGUGGUUCCACGACAACAAGCACGUGCUGGGCACGGUGGGGAUGUGCAUACUCAUCACGCAGAUCCUGGGCAUGGCCUUCUCCAUGACCCUCUUCCAGCACAUCCACCGGACUGGUAAGAAGUACGACGCAUGAGCAGGCUGGCCGGGAGUGCCUGCCCCACCCCGCUGCCCUGUGGAGGGAAGAGGAUUGAGCUUUGUGUUGCCUGCCUGCACUCUCCAGAUGUGACCUCUGCACCCACCCACCCCAGCCUGCCCCACCCCACCUACCCUGCCUCAGCCUCGGACUUCUCGGUGGGAGGAGGAGGCACACGGAGGCCUGGGGCUUGGGGCACCUGGAUUCCUGCAUCUGCAUCUGCGUAUUUGCCAAAGACGACAGGGUGGGCUGGGGUGCGCUCAGGAGGAACCCUCCCCAGCACUGAUGGGCUUCUGCCCCUGCCCUUCCUCACACUGACAUUUUGUCCCCACAUGGGGUGGGGAGCAGAGUGCCCCCCCCAUGGAGAUACCGUCCCAGCGGGGGCUGCUGCGUCCGUGGUCACCACGGGGCACUUGGCGGGGUGGGGGUCUGCCAGCCUCUGGCCAAGGCCCCUGGAGCAUCUCGCCCAGGCUUUUUAUACCUUACAAUGUAACUUUUUUAUUUUAUUUUACUCUAUGAUUAUUCAGGAAUAUUAUCUCUCAGAUAAGUUUAGGGUUAGAUUUCUGAUUUGUAA